AUGGCAGACACGUACUUCAGCCUCAACACUGGCGCAAAGAUCCCAGCGGUCGGCCUCGGAACCUGGCAAUCUGAACCAGGUCAGGUCAAGACUGCCGUCGCUCAUGCGCUGAAGAGCGGCUACAGACACAUUGACGCUGCCCUCGUCUAUGGCAACGAGAAAGAGGUUGGAGAGGGUCUCAAGGAAGCCUUCGAUUCCGGCAUCAAGCGUGAGGACGUUUUUGUCACCACCAAGCUCUGGAACACCUAUCACUCCAAGGUCGAGGAAGGAAUUGAUGAGAGUCUGAAGAGACUGGGCCUCGACUAUGUCGACCUCUACCUCAUUCACUGGCCAGUCCACAUGAAUCCUAAUGGCAACCACCCUCUCUUUCCCAAGCACGAGGACGGAUCGCGUGACAUCGAUCAUAAGUGGUCGCAUGUCCAGACCUGGAAGAACCUGGAGCAGCUCCUGAAGACAGGCAAGACUAAGGCUAUUGGUGUCUCGAAUUACAGCGUCAAAUAUCUGAAAGAGCUCCUUGCCGAGGCCUCCAUCGUUCCUGCUGCAAACCAGAUCGAGAACCAUCCUCUGCUCCCCCAGCAAGACAUUUCCGACUUCUGCAAAGAGAAGGGCAUCUUGAUCGAAGCCUACAGUCCGUUGGGCUCCACCGGCAGUCCACUCUUCGAGGAGGAUGUCGUGAAAGAGGUCGCAAAGAAGCAUAAUGUCGGCCAUGGUACGGUUUUGAUCAGCUACCAAAUCAACAAGGGCCAUGUUGUCCUCCCCAAGUCGGUCACGCCAUCGCGCAUCGAGGAGAACCUGAAGACGGUCAAGCUCGACUCUUCUGAUCUGGAAGCAUUAGACAGCAUCCACAAGAAGAAAGGUCUGACGCGGUAUGUCUACCCACCAUUUGGCGUAGACCUCGGUUUCCCCGACAAGUCGUCGUAG